CAGAUUCCCAUGUACAGACCACAGGCAUCUCAUCUCAGUCGUCCUGAAGUGUACUUCCACUUACUUACACCAUUCAAAAACACUAGAAGAACCAGAGUAGACCGUUUCUGAUUCAUUAUAGCACCAUGUCGUCUUCAUCUUCACCUUCACAAGUCGGGCCAGAACAGUCCUCUGAAACGGCCGUGAAAAUACUGCUUUUCCAGCUCUCCGAGUGGUACCCUUUCUUUCGAGAAGUUACCUUCCCUACUGAGUUCGUGGCACUCGAACAUGACGUGGCGGACGACAUUUUUACUAAAGACUCGAUAGACUUCCGCAAUCUAGUGGAGCAGAGGCCGCGAUCCAACAGCUUCAAUUCGACGUUCUCCAGCGACAGUGGGGGCUGGGAUGUCAACUGCGACGCUGACAGUAGCACGGAGACGGAUACAGGGGACGAGGACGAAAGCCUAGAUGACGAUGAAAACGAAGAAAGAUUGUCUGGACUACGUCUUGCCGCCGGGGAAGCGCAAGCCCAGGUUCCGGUGGCAGAAUCGGACGAAGCUGAGGUGCAAACAACAUUGAUUGAUGAACGAGUCACUGUCCACGUGACGGCGGGAGAGACGACAGGAACGACAAAUGAUACAAGAGACUGCACUCAAACCGCGAAUGCUGUGUCGCGAAGAGAACCUUCUGAAGAUCAACACUCUGCUCCAGUGCGGCCUCGUCGCGCAAUGCGGAAGCGACGCGAGCGCUUUGCGGACCGAUAUCCCGACGUUCGCGCAGAGAUGGCGGAAAAAGUGCGAAAGCUUGGAGGCGAGGUAUUUCCGAAGCUCAAUUGGACUGCGCCACGGGACGCUAAGUGGGUCGCAACAGCGCAGACAUUAUCCUGCAGUGCACCAGAAGAGGUCAUGACCCUUCUGAGAGCCAGUGAUUUCGUGCAAAGCGACCUCGAUACUAUUGCGGCUGUCCAAUUAUUAGGAGACGAGGAGUUACUCUCACGACAAACGAAAACGACGGUUUGCUUGCGGAAGUAUGAACCCGCGCUUCAUUCCGGACUCGAAUUUCGAUGCUUUGUAAACAGCGCAGAAGAACUAGUUGGCAUAAGCCAGCGAGAUAUGACGACGGUUCAUGAUUUUCUCCUGGAAAAAAACAUGGAAAAAAGCGUAUCGACAAAAAUCGAGAAAUUCUUCGUCACACAAGUCAAACCGCGCAUGGUGCAAUAUCUGCAGUCACGAUGUCUUGAGCGAUCCAGGGGGACAGCUUCCCAAUCCUGCUCUUCGGAAGGAGCUCUGCCUUCUUCAUGCUCCACCGGGAUUUCCUACUGCUUUGAUGUAUAUUUGAGGAUGCAGAAGCCGACUGCGCGUGACAUUCUAGCAGCUGCCGAACAAGCUGGAAAUCAAGGCGAAAGGCCGAACGAAAAGCGCUUCGUAUGUAUUCUUCUCGAUCUCGCUUCCUUUCCUCAUGAGGCGACCGAUGCGUGCCUCUUCCGCGAUGACUUCGAGUUCAUCGAAAGAUUAAAAACCGAGGACAAACACGCUUUCGAUGUCGAACAAGUAGACUCAGAAGUUUUAGUUGAGACGAGGCUCUGCAGGUCGGAGCAAGAUCUACGCCCAGAUGCAUGUCGCUACAAUACGAUGCCAAUAGAUCUGUGGGAAUUUACAUCGAAGCCGGACGACGUCCUCGAAGCUAUUCAAAAACUGGAGCGCAAUCAACGAACAAGCUGAAGAAUAAAAACAGACGGCACAUGAUCGUGAUUCUCCUGCUUUGUUGUUUGGGAGAUGAUCUUCAUUUUCAUGUACAUGUCUUAAAUACCCGUGCUUCACCUUUACGCGCCUACUCCCGCCUCACUUUCUUCUACCUUCACGUUGAUGCUCCUACCACUUCUACAGUAUCACACAUGAAAUAAGACUCACGGACCCGUUCGGCGUUCGCGUUCUAUCAGCG